UAUGUUAUUUGCGGCUUCACAGUCUUCUCCCGUUGUCCCACAUGUCAAGGCCCGGGCCCUCAAGCGGCCAGGGGUGGUUACGUGAUCAACGUUCUACGAAUCCUACGAGCCCAUCUAGAGCGUCACGAGAAUCGAAGUUGACCCUUAGUUGGGCUCCUAUCGCGGGCGAAUGCUAUAUAGGAUGUCCAUUUCUCGGUCGUACGGUCCAAGAUGACCGCCACGAUGUUAUCUAAUAGUGACGCAAAGACACUAGUACUCCUCGUCGUUGCGCUACUCACUGGUGUUAUCUCUGCUUUCAUCUACAGACGUGCCCCGCUGCGACGGAAGCUUCCACCUGGACCGCCUGGCUUCCCGUUCAUUGGCAAUCUGUACCAAUACCCCGCCUUACGGCCGCAUCCAAAGCUUCUGGAAUGGGCCGGUCAGUACGGGGAAAUCUUCUACCUCAAAUUGGGCGGACAGGACGUAGUCGUGCUCAAUACAGCGGAAGCCGCCGAUGAGUUGUUAUCCCGGCGUAGUCACAACUACUCUAGCCGGGCGACUCCACACGUCGCUCAAGACAUCUUGCGUGACGGCCUCGGCCUCGCAUUCUUGAAGUACGAUGGUCCAAUGAAGGCAGUCAGGAAGGCCUUGCAAAGCACGCUAGGUCCGGGUCCCUCCAAGCAGCUUCGACAGUACCAAGAGCAUGAAUCGCGCGUACUUUUGUUUGACCUCAUGUGUCACGGUGAUCAGAGUCUUCUUCACGACGCGCCUGGCGGUCCACAUGGCGAAGUACCAGAUACACACUGGUUUGCGCCAGUGAGACGAUAUGCAGCGAGUAUAUCAUUGUAUGCAAUGUAUGGCAAGCGAGUGGCCCGUUAUGUGAAUAACCCAGACCUUCACAAGAUAUACGAUGUCGUCAACAACUUCACUGAAAUGUCGCAGCCCGGAAACUAUCUGUGAGGAUGUUGAAUACUGCGGAAUCAUGAAGCAUGGUGGUCUGACCCCGAGCCACUGUCAUUGCAGAGCGGAUGUGUUCCCGCUUAUCCGACUUCUUCCCGACUUCUUGGCGCCAUGGAGGGUGAAAGCUCAGCAGCUGCAUUUAUGGGAGAUGGAACUGUGGGGAAGCCUCGUCGACGAUUGCAAGGCGGCUCUCCGCAAUGGAGUUCAACGAAGCGGGUUUAUUAAUUCCUACCUGAGUGCCCGUGGGGCUGCCGGGCACGAGACAUCAGGAAAGUGCGCCACCUGCCUAUGUU